GCUGGCGUCUCUCGUGGGGCGCCUCCUUUCUCUCCCGGUUGCCGGUAUGGUUCUGACGGAAGCCGCUGGCGGAAUGGUCCUGAGCGAUGAGCCGGCUGCGACCACUGCCGCCGAGGAGGAGGAGGUGGAGGAUGACGCGCUCUCCAGCGGCGCCGCCCUGGAAGCGUUCGGCGAGAGCGCGGAGACCCGCGCGCUGCUCGGCAGCCUGCCUGCGGUGCACGGCGAGCGCGCGGCCCGGGAGGUGGCGGAGGAGCGAUUCCGCGUGAUUAUGGGCAAAUACCAGGAGCAGCCUCACCUCCUGGACCCACACCUCGAGUGGAUGAUGAACUCCUUGUUGGAGCUGGUACAGGACGAGACAUCUCUGCCUGGCCUCGUGCAUCUGGCUUUUAAAUUUCUUUAUAUCAUCACCAAGGUUCGCGGGCAUAAAGUAUUUCUACGUCUGUUUCCUCAUGAAGUAGCUGAUGUUCAGCCUGUGUUAGACAUGUGUGCAGGUCAGAAUCCUAAGGACCAUGAGACAUGGGAAACACGCUACAUGCUUUUACUAUGGCUCUCUGUGACCUGCUUGAUCCCUUUUGAUUUUUCACGCCUUGAUGGGAACCUCUCCGCUCAACCUGGAGAAACACGAACACCCAUAAUGGACCGUAUUCUGCAAGUAGCAGAGUCCUAUUUGGUCGUCAGUGACAAGGCUCGAGAUGCAGCUGCUGUCCUUGUUUCUAAGUUUAUCGUACGUCCUGAUGUCAAGCAGAGAAAGAUGGCCAGUUUUCUGGACUGGAGCCUGUGUACCUUGGCCCACUCCUCCUUCCAGACCAUCGAGGGUGUCAUUGUCAUGGACGGGAUGCUGCAGGCCCUGGCUCAAAUAUUUAAGCAUGGAAAACGUGAAGAUUGUCUACCCUAUGCCAACACUGUGCUCCAGUGCCUUGAUGGAUGCAGACUCCCCGAGAGCAACCAUACCUUGCUGCGGAAGCUUGGCGUGAAGCUCGUCCAGAGGCUGGGGCUGACUUUCCUGAAGCCCAGGGUGGCCACAUGGAGGUAUCAGCGUGGCUCUCGGUCUUUGGCUGCCAACCUGCAGCUCAGUGUCCCGGGUAAAAGUGAGCAGAAGCCACUGUCCGAUAGCUUAACUUCUGAUGGCGAUGAAGACUAUGAUGUCCCAGAGGGGGUGGAGAGCGUGAUAGAGCAGCUGCUCACUGGGCUGAAGGACGAGGACACUGUGGUGCGGUGGUCUGCAGCCAAAGGGAUUGGUAGAAUGGCUGGAAGGCUUCCCAGAGAGCUGGCAGACGAUGUGGUGGGGUCUGUGUUGGACUGCUUCAGUUUUCAGGAGACCGAUAAGGCAUGGCAUGGUGGAUGUCUGGCAUUGGCGGAACUGGGGAGACGAGGCCUGUUGCUGCCAUCGAGACUCUCAGAGGUUGUCACAGUGAUCCUGAAGGCACUGACCUACGAAGAGAAGCGGGGCGCCUGCAGCGUGGGUGCCAACGUCAGGGAUGCCGCCUGCUACGUGUGCUGGGCUUUCGCACGCGCCUAUGAGCCUCAGGAGUUGACUCCUUUCGUGACUGCCAUUUCCAGUGCGCUGGUCAUUGCCGCCAUCUUUGACCGAAACGUGAACUGCAGAAGAGCUGCCUCUGCUGCCUUCCAGGAGAACGUGGGGAGACAGGGUACUUUCCCUCAUGGAAUUGAUAUUUUGACGACAGCAGACUAUUUUGCAGUUGGAAACAUAUCUAACUGUUUCCUUGUGAUAAGUGUGUUUAUUGCUGGCUUCCAAGAAUACACCAAGCCGAUGAUUGACCACUUGGUUUCCAUGAAAAUCAACCAUUGGGAUGGGGCCAUCCGAGAACUGUCUGCAAAAGCGCUGCACAACCUGACCCCACAAGUACCCGAGUACAUGGCCUCGCAUGUCUUCCCGGCACUAUUGUUGAUGACACUGAGCUCAGAUCUGCACACCAGACAUGGUGCCAUCCUCUCCUGCGCAGAGAUCGCCUAUGCCCUGUACAAGCUGGUUUCACAGAGCAACAGGCCCGUCACAGACUAUCUGGAUGAGAAGGCAGUGCAGAGCCUGAAGCAGAUCCACCAGCAGCUUUAUGAUCGGCAUCUCUAUAGGGGUCUGGGAGGAGAGCUUAUGAGACAAGCAGUGUGCAUUUUAAUAAAGAAUUUGUCACUUUCCAGAAUGCCCUUUAAAGGCGACACCGUUAUCGAUGGUUGGCAGUGGCUGAUAGAUGACACUCUUAGAAGUCUUCACCUUGUUUCCAGCCAUUCCCGACAGCAGAUCAAGGAGGCAGCUGUCUCGGCCCUGGCCGCCCUCUGCAACGAAUACUACAUGAAGGAGGCUGGGGAGGCAGUUGUUACCAUUGAGAGGGAACUGAUUCCACAGUACCUUGCUGAGCUCCAGAGCCCAGAGGAGAUGACCCGCUGUGGCUUCUCCUCAGCCUUGGGUGCCCUUCCAGGUUUCCUUCUCAGGGGUCAUCUGCAGCAGGUUCUCACAGGUCUAAGAACAGUCACCCGUACUUCUCCCAAGGAUGUGAGCUUUGCUGAGGCCAGGAGAGACGGUUUGAAGGCAAUCUCAAGAGUUUGCCAGACGGUUGGCGUGAAAGCAGAGGGCCCUCCAGAUGAAGUCGUGUGCAGAGAGAACAUUUCCGAGGUUUACACUGCGUUGCUGGACUGCAUGAACGAUUAUACCACAGACAGCAGAGGGGAUGUGGGAGCCUGGGUCCGGGAAGCUGCCAUGACGAGCCUCAUGGACUUGAUACUUCUGCUGGUACGGACAGAGCCGCAGCUGAUUGAGGCCCACAUCUGUGAGCGCGUCAUGUGUUGCGUUGCCCAGCAGGCAAGCGAGAAGAUUGAUCGGUUCCGUGCCCAUGCCGCCCAGGUGUUCCUGACUCUAUUGCACUUCGACAGCCCUCCCAUUCCCCAUGUUCCCCACCGCAGAGAACUGGAAAGCCUGUUCCCCAGGUCUGACGUGGCCUCUGUGAACUGGAAUGCACCUUCCCAGGCCUUCCCUCUCAUCACCCAGCUCUUGGAACUGCCCACCUACAGAUACCAUGUCCUGCUGGGGCUGGCCGUGUCUGUUGGUGGUUUGACGGCUUCUACGGUCAGGUAUUCUACACAGAGCCUCUUUGAGUACAUGAAGAGGAUUCAGAAGGAUGCUCAACUCCUGGAGAGCUUCAGUGGGACCCUCCUGAAGGUCUUUGAGGACAACCUCUUGAAUGACAGGGUGUCUGUAUCACUGCUGAAAAUGCUGGACCAGCUGCUGUCCAAUGGGUGCUUCGACAUCUUUACUGCUGAGGAGAACCACCCCUUCUGUGUGAAGUUGCUCACACUUUGUAAGGAAGAAAUCAGGAAGUCAAAAGAUGUCCAGAAGCUUCGGGCGAGCAUUGCAGUGCUCUGUGGGAUGGUGCAGUUCAAUGGUGAUGUGCGACAGAAGGUCCUUCUGCAGCUGUUCAUCCUCCUUGGCCACCCCUUCCCUGUGAUCCGGAAGGCCACAGCAAGCCAGCUGUACGAGAUGGUGCUCACCUAUAGUGACUUGGUGGAUGCAGGCGUGCUUGAUGACGUCAUGUCUGUGCUCAGUGACACAGCCUGGGACGCAGAGCUUCCAGUUGUAAGAGGGCAGCGGAAUCACCUGUGUGACCUCCUUGGUGUGCCCAGACCCCAGCUGGCUACAAAGCCUGCUCCUGGAAGCUGAACCGUUGCCUGCCUAGCUGGGAUGCCCUGCCCCGAGGCUCUACAACAAGCUUUACCAUCAUGGAAACUUGGUGCCACACACCUGAGAAAGGUGGCACAUGCUGCUAGCUGGACUGGGAGG